AUGAGAAUCCUAUUUAUUCUCCAAAUUUUCAUAUUUUUCACUUUUGCUGCCAACGAAGUCGAUAAAUAUCAUGAAAUCGCGACGAAAUUGGAUAAAAUUUAUCACGAGCCAAAAUGCUUGCAAGAAUUACGAAAUAUUUUCCAAAUUCCAUAUUUUCUGAUAAGCCAUCAUGGAAUCAAAAAAUUGGAAAAUAAAGAAAAAAUUGAGAAAUUCAUCAAAGAAUUAUUCGAGGACAAAAUAAAUUCGAAGCGGGAAAUUUUGGAUGUGAAAUUGGAGAAAAGAUUUGGCGGAAGAUUGACUUAUACAGUUCGAGAAACAGAGACAGGAAAGAAUUUGCAUUUUCUUGCGAAACCAGACAAAAAUGAGAAUGGAGAAUAUAAAUUAGUCAUGCAAAAAUCGAUUGAUUUAUAG